GCAAGAACAAAGGCAUUCCUGCGUAGGGGAUUCAAGAAGCUUUUUCCGAUCCUCAGUUUUCACACAUACGCGCAGCUAUGGAGAAAUUGGUGAUGAUGAGAUCUCUCUACCGAUCGAUCUCACGGAGAUCUUUAGGUUUUGUCGCCCCCGCCGCUGUAACCAGCAACCACCAAUGCCUCAGCCAUGGAAUCCGCUACUUUCACCACGCUCCUUCAUCACUGCCCUACAACGGUCGUUCUCCUUUUGCAAUGGGAAUUGGAAGUACCCGUUGUUUCAGCGAUGGCUUGACACACUUGCCAGACAUAAAAGAUGGUGAUAUCAAGCAUGCCUUUAAGGAGCUUAUGGCUGUAAACUGGGCUGAAAUACCAGAUACUGUUAUUUGUAAAGCUAAGCGAGCAUUGUCUAAAAACACCGAAGACAAGGCUAACCAGGAGGCAUUAGCCAACCUUUUACGUGCUGCAGAGGCGGUAGAAGAGUUCAGCGGGUUCCUUGUGACGUUAAAAAUGGAAAUUGACGACAGUGUUGGACUGAGUGGCGAGAAUGUCAAACCUUUAUCCAAUGAUGUUGCUAAUGCAUUAAGUGUAGCCUUUGGACGCUACUAUGCAUACUUGGACUCUUUUGGAGCAGAUGAGGGCUAUUUGCGGAAAAAAGUUGAGAACGAGCUGGGGAUGAAACUGAUACAUCUGAAAAUGAGGUGCAGUGGUCUUGGUGGUGAUUGGGGAAAGGUGACCGUUCUUGGGACAUCUGGACUUUCUGGUUCAUAUAUCGAGCACAGAGCAUAAAUGCACAAGAUGCAUCAUGACCUCUUUCUUGUUUGUUGUCUUCAGAAACUUUGUUCAUAUAGGUCGCCUUCUUAUCCUUCCUUUUGUUUCUACCAACGUUGGUUUGGUUGGAUAUUGUUCUCUGCUCAUCAACUGCAUAAUAACAGAAGAAUCAUCAUGUUAGAACACUAGUGUUUUGAUUAAACGUUGUAGUUUAGUCAUUUCACGUAGACUUGGAAGAAAAAUAACAACACUUGGUUCUUUGCAUUUCAAA